AUGUAUAGUUUAUAUCAUCCCUUUCUUAGCAAGAUACAGAAAUAAUUCGAUUUUUUUGUUUUCAAAUUAAGUUAAUAAAAAAAAUCAAAAAAAAUGUAAAAUGUUUACUCCUUCUUAUUGAUCAGUAUGAGGAAGUCACAUUCUAAUAUUCGGCAAACUGUCUUAAAUUAAUUUAAGUAUAAACAAUAAGUCUGUUAUAUUAGAAUAGUUUAGGAAUUUUAGAAAGUAUAAAUCUGAUAAAUUAUUUUACUUUUUUUUCAUAAGUCAGGUAAUCCGGGUUUGACUCUUUAAUUUUAAGACAACGACAAUAUAGAGAUGCCUUAUGGGAUGUUCAUGAGAUUGAUAUUAAUGCAUAGGAGAAAAGUUUAACAAAUGGUUUUCAUUUAUUUUUUCAAUAAUCUCUAUAAGAAUAAAUAAUAUUAUUAAGCCCUGAAUAAAUAGUUGAAGAAGCUAAAAUUGAUAGCAUUACAUAAAGAGCCUUGUUUGAAGAAUGGAUGGGGAGAUUUUCAUUUUUGUAGACUUCGUCUGAUUAUUAGAAGAGCUUGAAGGAUUAAAUGAAUGUUAAGAAACUCUUCAAUCGAUUUCAUCUUUUUUAGAUGGGCUAUUGUAAAUUAUUACUCUCAUCUACUUGGGGAUGGAUUCUAAUGUAUAUGUUAAAGCUUUAAUAGUGUUAACUAUAGUACACCCAAUCCUAUAUUUGAUCUCAUUUGCAGCGUUUUAAGCAAAAGUAUAUAAAGAAAUACCUUAUUCCAAGUAAGCAUUAUAUGUUAUAGUCAAGAAAUUUGCUGAGAUGGUUAAAAGAGAAUUUAAUCCCGAUGCACAUGUAAAGUUUAAAAUUAUGCCUCGAAAUUCGAAGGAAGUUCCCACUCUCAGUUUUUUCAUAUCAGAUUGUUUAAGUUGAUCUGAAAAAGCGUUUAGCAAAUUAAAAGUUAAACAUUUUAUUUAGCUGUUAUGUGGAUAACUGAGGCUUAAGAGGUUUAAGAAGCUUUGAACAAGCUACCU